UCUUCGCUCUCGCUCUCUCUUCUUCCUCUCGUUCGCUCGCUAGCUAGCGCAACGACGAUGUCUCUCGUGGCGAACGAGGAGUUCCAGCACAUCCUGCGUGUGCUGAACACCAACGUCGAUGGGAAGCAGAAGAUCAUGUUCGCCCUCACCUCCAUCAAGGGUAUCGGCCGCCGCUUCGCCAACAUCGUCUGCAAGAAGGCCGACGUCGACAUGAACAAGAGGGCUGGUGAAUUGACUGCUGCUGAGCUAGACAACCUCAUGGUCAUUGUUGCCAAUCCACGCCAAUUUAAGAUUCCAGACUGGUUUUUGAACAGAAAGAAGGAUUACAAGGAUGGAAAGUACUCUCAGGUUGUCUCAAAUGCAUUGGACAUGAAGUUGAGAGAUGAUUUGGAGAGGUUGAAGAAGAUCAGGAACCACCGUGGUUUGAGGCACUACUGGGGCCUGCGUGUUCGUGGCCAGCACACAAAGACUACUGGACGUAGAGGAAAAACUGUUGGUGUCUCCAAGAAGCGUUGAGUUCUUAUUGCUUUUAAUUAUGGGCGUUACGCUCAAGGUCUUUGGGGUAGCGUUUUUUGUUUGAUCUCCGAGUUUACAGUUCCUUGCAUGGACUCUGAUACAAUUAUAGCUCAAUGUUUUUCCUUUGCCCUAGUUGUAUGAUGCGUCCUGCCCGGCCUGCUUGCUGAAAUGUUAGUGAAGUAAUGUGGAUCAAAUUUUUAAGAGGA